GAUUGAGGCGGAAGUGCAGCGGAAUGAAAACGCCAUCAGUGAGGGGAGUGACUGUGACCAGCUGCAGUUAGCAUCAAUCUACUGUUUUAGAAAAAUAAAAAUUAAAUUAAAUAAAAUGUCUGACGAUGAGAAGUUACCGCCCGGGUGGGAGAAGCGUAUGAGCCGGAGUUCAGGCAGGGUGUACUACUUUAACCACAGUACGAAUGCGAGUCAGUGGGAGCGGCCGAGUGGGGGCGGUGGUGGGGGGGCGGCGGUGGAAAAGGUGCGCUGCUCUCACCUGCUGGUCAAACACAAUCAGUCGCGCCGACCGUCGUCAUGGAGACAAGAGAACAUCACACGCACCAAAGAGGAAGCUCUGCAGCUUAUACAUGGGUAUAUAGAUCAGAUAAAGUCCGGUGAGGAGGACUUCGAGACAUUGGCGUCUCAGUUCAGUGACUGCAGCUCUGCACGCAACGGAGGAGACCUCGGCAUGUUCGGCAGGGGUCAGAUGCAGAAGCCUUUUGAAGAAGCCUCAUUUGCGCUGAAGGUCGGAGACAUGAGCGGUCCGGUGUUUACUGACUCCGGGGUUCACAUCAUCCUGCGUACAGGAUAACUCUCAUCCCUUCCUUCAUCAAUCCCUCCAUCCAUCCAUCUCUCUCUUUCUGUCUCUUGUUCCACUUUACUUAAGUCCAUGGACUUCAAUCUAACACACACACGCGUGCGCUUUUCCCCUUGAGUUACACACACACACACCACACACACACACACACACACACACCACACAGUCACUUUCAAGUUGUUUACAAUAAAGCAUCUGUAAUAAAAAUAAAAAUAGUAGAAUGAAAGUCACUAGAUCAGAUUUCAUCAAAGCCCUGAUUGGAUUUUCCUGCUCACCUUCAUCACGAUGUGUCCUGGACACGACAUGUCCAACCUGCAGCCGUGGAGAAUGACCAAUAAAUAUGAUCACAUGAUGAA